AAUAAUAAUAGGUUUGCAAAGCUUGAUCUUAAAUAAUAGGCCAGAUCCUUCUUUUAUGUUGUUUAUCAUCUUAUGAAUUUCAUAGAAUCAAAAGCAAAGAGAGAGAAGUUGAUGGAUGAAGUGCCCAAAAUCUGUUCUAAGAAGAUGAAAACAAAGGGCCCAAAAUGGGGUGAAAACCACCUCUCAGAAACCUUUCCUCCUUGUGGAUGAAGAACACUCUGCACAUGCUCAGGGGUUACAUCAACAUGAAUCUAUUUCUCAAGUUUCGAUCCAUUAAAAUAUAUAUCUUGUCUGGAAAUUGGGCCUGUAUAAUGCCCGCUGAGUGUUGGAGUAUGGAGAACAAUGGGGAAAGAUUGCCUCCAGUGAGUCCGACGUGUGUAUUGCUGUCUUGUUCACUCCUCCAUUCAACUUUCCGUCUCCUUCUCUCUCUCCCCCUUCUCCCUUCUUCUGUCUGCCUUUCCCUUUUUUCUUUGAGCACCAAUGUCUUUGCUCAGCCCUUAUGAAAACCAGAUGUUCACGGCGCGGCCAGGAAAAUGGUCCUUGCGUUUUUCCAAAUUCCUUCCCCAUCCCCCAGUAUAAGGGGGCCAAGGCCUCAUUUCCCCCCCUUCCUUUCUAAACAAUCCCAGCUCAGCUAAAAUAUUGCCGUGGCUUUUGCAAGGCAGACUUCCCUCCGCCUGAACAAACGAGAACCUUUUCUAAUGUCAUGCAAAAAAAAAGGCUCCAGAAUUGGACUCCAAGGGCGAUCUUUCUCUAACAACAUAUGGAUGCAAUAAUAAUAAUAAUAAUAAUAAUAAUAAUAAUAAUAAUAAUAAGCACAGCAGACAAAAAAACAGUACAAGAAAACCGCACUACAAACUAGAGCUGACAGCUGGCACAACAAAACAUUGCAUGGAAAAUUCCCAGCAGUAAAGAACUGGUGGGAUCACAAACUUGUGAUUUUGUGAUACGAAAUCCAGCAUAUCUAUCUUGUUUGCUGUGUCAUACAAUAUAAUAAUAAUAAUGAUAAUAAUAAUAAUAAGCACAGCAGACAAAAAACCAGUACAAGAAAACCGCACUACAAACUAGAGCUGACAGCUGGCACAACAAAACAUUGCAUGGAAAAUUCCCAGCAGUAAAGAACUGGUGGGAUCACAAACUUGUGAUUUUGGGAUACGAAAUCCAGCAUAUCUAUCUUGUUUGCUGUGUCAUACAAUAUAAUAAUAAUAAUAAUAAUAAUAAUAAUAAUAAUAAUAAUAAUAAUAAUAAUAAGCACAGCAGACAAAAAACCAGUACAAGAAAACCGCACUACAAACUAGAGCUGACAGCUGGCACAACAAAACAUUGCAAGGUAAGUUCCCAGCAGUAAAGAACUGGUGGGAUCACAAACUUGUGAUUUUGUGAUACGAAAUCCAGCGUAUCUAUCUUGUUUGCUGUGUCAUACAAUAUAAUAAUAAUAAUAAUAAUAAUAAUAAUAAUAAUAAUAAUAAUAAUAAUAAUAAAUUAUUUGGGUGCGUCUCCACUGUUGAAUUAAUGCAAUUCUGCAUUGCUUGGACAUGUAACUCUGUGUGUUGUAGUUUCACAACUUCUUCAACCUUCUCUGCCAAAGAGGGCCAGUGUCUCACCUUAGGAUUUGAUAGAAGUGGCCAAACUGUGUUAAUUCUACAGUGUAGACCCUCUGCAGCAACUGAUGAGGACAAGAAGGGUGAGGCUGGAUCACUGUCACAUUGUGAAUCAAGAUCCAUAUAAUUAUAUUAUAUUGUCAUAUUGACAUAUUGUCAGUGUAGACCUGGCGUGGGCAAAAUUAUAUGAACCAGCCAUAUAAUUUCCUUCCAUUGAACUAUAUGGAUCUACCAUAUAUUGCUUUCUAAUUGAACUAUAUGGAUCUACCAUAUGAUGCACUUUAAUUGAACUAUAUGGAUCUCCCAUAUGAUGCAGUUCAGCUGAACUAUAUGAACCUACCAUAUAAUUUCCUUCCAUUGAACUAUAUGGAUCUACCAUAUACUGCCUUCUAAUUAAACUAUAUGGUUCUCCCAUAUAAUGCACCUCAAUUGAACUAUAUGGAUCUCCCAUAUGAUACAUUUCAACUGAAUUAUAUGAACCUACCAUAUAAUUUCCUUCCAUUGAACUAUAUGGAUCUACCAUAUCUUGCCUUCUAAUUAAACUAUAUGGAUCUCCCAUAUGAUGCAGUUCAACUGAACUAUAUUAACCUACCAUAUAAUUUCCUUCCAUUGAACUGUAUGGGUCUACCAUAUAUUGCCUUCUAAUUAAAUUAUAUGAAUCUACCAUAUAAUGCACUUCAAUUGAACUAUAUGUACCUACCAUAUAAUUUCCUUCCAUUGAACUGUAUGGAUCUACCAUACAUUGCCUUCUAAUUAAAUUAUAUGGAUCUCCCAUAUAAUGCAUUUCAAUUGAACUAUAUGGAUCUCCUAUAUGAUGCAGUUCAACUGAAUUAUAUGUACCUACCAUAUAAUUUCCUUCCAUUGAACUAUAUGGAUCUACCAUACACUGCCUUCUAAUUAAACUAUAUGGAUCUACCAUAUAAUGCAUUUCAAUUGAACUAUAUGGAUCUCCCAUAUGAUGCAGUUCAACUGAACCUACCGUAUAAUUUACUUCCAUUGAACUAUAUGGAUCUACCACAGGCAUGGGCACCCUACUGGCUGUUAGGAAUUGUGGAAGUCCAAAACAACUGGAAGGAGGGCCGAAGUUUACCCAUGCCUGGUCUACCAUAAGAUGCACUUCAACUGAACUCUAUGAACCUACUGUAUAAUUUACUUCCAUUGAACUACAUGACUCUACCAUAUGAUGCACUUGGAUUGAACUAUAUGGGUCGACUAUAUGAUGCCCAUGGAUUGCCGCAGUCCUGGGACGGAUGGGGAAGGGGCUCCUUUGAGGAAGCGUGUGUGCCUAAUGCGUCCCAUCUGAAGCCCUUGUAAUGGGAACCGGGGACGUGGGGCCCAGGGGGGUGAGGCCGGGUGAAAGAGAGGGUCUUUCUGGAGUCACUUUUGGUCUGACUUGCGGCUGAAUAUAUAUUUCCAAAAAGGAAAACCAGGGCAGGGAGGCAGAGCGGGGCCUCCGCUAAUAUUUUCCAGAUGGGACUCGGUUGAGCCGCCCACCUCUCUGUUCCUUUACAGACUUUUAUGAUUCGCCAACUGCUUAGUAUUAUGAUGAUGAGGAUUUCGGAGAGAGGAGCAGAGGCAGGCGCUUCCUUCUCCCAAAUAUGUCAGAAAUGCUCGUCAUGCCACACACACACAAAAAAUGUCAGUCUUCUUACCAUAAAGCCACGCAAGGCUGGGAUACAUCUCCUUCAUAUUGGAAAAUCCAUUAACUUGUUCAGCCUCUAAUACCUUAUGAUAAAUAAACACAGUAAAAGUUAGAUGGCUGUAGUUCAAGGGGAUUGUUGCAAGCCGGGGGUCAGGCUGAAUGACCUUUGGGGUUCUCACCAAAUUGCAGCCAUGGAAGGAUGCUGAGGACAAAGGCGGAAGCAAAGCCAAGGUUGACCGACCAUAAUGUCCAACAACAUGGCCAAGAUCGCCGAAGCCCGUAAGACGGUGGAGCAGCUCAAGUUAGAAGUGAACAUCGAUCGCAUGAAGGUGUCCAAGGCAGCGGCUGAUCUCUUGGCAUAUUGCGAAACCCACAGCAAGGAAGACCCCCUGGUGACCCCCGUCCCGUCUUCGGAGAACCCGUUUCGGGAGAAGCGGCUCUUUUGUAUCGUGUUGUGAGCCCAAAUAUCAGGGAGGAAGGCUUCCAAAAUCUGUCCUUGGAUGAAGCAUAAAGUGGAGAAGAACCCCUGGAAUGAAAUAGGGGGGGGGGGAGUAUAUGUAUGUAUGCAUGUUUGUUUGUUUGUGUAUUCUUUGCAAGCCCUGUCUGUUGUUAUGCAAGAUCUAUAUUAGUAUUUUAGGGCAUUUUAGCCUGCAAGGGUGUGCAUAUCCUUUCUCUCAUCUUGUCCGUCUUGCGAUUCCCAUCCAUUUAUGAAAACUAGAAGAUGCACAAUUAUUGUACAGAACAUACAAUCUCAGAUGUCGAAAUAAAUAAGUUACCAGACUUGGCCCAUCUAUAUAUAUAAAAGAGGGAUGGAAUCCUGGCGACCGCCAAAACAACAAAACUAAACACCUCACAACCUUGAAAAUUGACAACACAACCCAUCAUCCACUCCUCUAGGUUGAUACAACAAAAAGAAAAGAAAAAUAAAGUCCUAAUUAGAGGGAGAGGAAUAAUUGUUUUUAUCCAAUUGUUGCCAGUUAAAAGGCUAAGCUCUGCCCACUUGGUCUCCUAGCAACCCACUCACCCAGGGGACAGACAGAGUUAGGCCUCACUUAGGCCUCUUCCACACUGCCUAUAAAAUACAAAUUAUCAGAUUUUAACUGGAUUAGAUGGCAGUGUAGACUCAAGGCCCUUCCACACAGCUAAAUAACCCAUUUAUAAUCUUAUAUUAUCUGCUUUAACUGGAUUAUCUGGACUCUACACCUUUACCCUUUACCUUAACUACCACCAAUUCCUCAAUACUUUAUUUCCCAUACCACCAUACUUCGCCACAGCAACGCGUGGCCGGACACAGCUAAUAUAUAUAUAUAUAUAUAUAUAUAUAUAUAUAUAUAUAUAUAUGUGUGUGUGUGUGAUGGAAUCCUGGCACCGAGCAAAACAACAAAACUAAACACCCCCCAACCUCGAAAUUUCACAACACAAUCCAUCAUCCACGCCUCGAGGUUGAAACCACAAAAUAUCAUGUCACGGACCUCCACAGGGCCUAAAAAAACCCCAAAAACCGGAGCUAUUCAGUGCAAUUCCAAUGGGCCACAGCAACGCGUGGCAGGGCACAGCUAGUCUAUAUAUAUAAAAGGGUAAUGAAAUUUUGGCCUAGGACAAAACAACAAAACUACACAUCCCAGAAACACUAAACUUGGCAGCACAACCCCUCAUCCAUGCCUCUACGUUCAUACAACAAAAAGAAAAGAAAAAUAAAGUCCUAAUUAGAGGGAGAGGAAUAAUUGUUUUUAUCCAAUUGCUGCCAGUUAGAAGGCUAAGCUCCACCAAUUUGGUCUGCUGUCAGUUAGAAGGCUAAGCUCCACCCACUUGGUCUCCUAGCAACCCACUCAGCCCAGGGCCACUUCAAUUAGGCCUGUUCCACACUGCCUAUAAAAUACAGAUUAUCUGAUUUCAACUGGAUUAUAUGGCAGUGUAGACUCAAGAUGAGCACCAACCCCAAGAGUCAGACACGACUGGACUUAAUGUCAGGGGAAAACCUUUACCUUAACUACCACCAAUUCCUCAGUACUUUAUUUCCCAUACCACCAUACUUCGCCACAGCAACGCGUGGCCGGGCACAGCUAGUAUAUAUAUAUACAAAUCCUUUAAAAUGAAUAUAUAUAUAUUCAUUUUAAAGGAUUUGAUGUGAACUCGGGUGCUAAACUGGGUCAGCCCUGGUUAGUCCUUGAAUGGGAGACCGCCAACAAAUCUCAGGUGCGGAAGGCUAUAUUUCAGGGAAAAGCAACAAGUAAAACCAACUCUGAGCAUCGCUUAACUAAUCCCACCCCUGCUUUGCAUUCACCUCUUUGUGACUCCGGAGAGGAUCGGAUUAUAUUUCUCUUUCCCAACAACGAGCAAAUAACAGCCUGCUGAAAUUAGCCUAUGAUUUGUUCUGCAAGAUCCAAUUAACCAGAUGCUAAUUUGACAUUUUUUUCCUUGAUCAUCAAACCAGUAAUUUAAUUGCUGGCUCCGUCUGGGUCUUUAACCGAAAUCAUCAUCUUUGAGAGAGACACAAACAGGAGUUUGAAACCACUUGCAUUGCGAUGGCUUCAUCCUAUGGAAUAAUGGGAGUUGUAGUGUUACAAGAUCUUUAUCCCCUGUCAAAUGGUCCCCUUGUCAAAUGGCAACUCUAAGGAUCCCAUAGCAUCGAGCAAAAACAGUCUAAGAGUGGUGUCAAACUGUGUUAAUUCUAUAAAGUAGAUACAUAACACCGUUGUAGCCAGACUUUGGGGGUUUUGCCCAAAAAUGGUAGCCAGUUUUGUUUGUUAUUGUUAGUUUUACCUCAGUUGCUUGGCUGCAAUAUUUUGGGGCUAUAAAAGUUUCCAAAAACUUUCUGAAAACUUUCCAAAAAGUUCCUGAAAACUUUCUGCAAGGUUUCUCAAAGCUUUUUUUGAAAAGUUUCCAAAAUGUUUUCAAAAAGUUACCAAAAUUUUUCCAAAAGCUUCCUGAACACUUUCUGCAGUUUCUAAAAAAAACUUUCUGAAAUGUUUCCAAAAUGUUUCCAAAGGUUUUCAAAAAGUAUACAAAAAGUUUCCAUAAAGUUCCUGAAAAGUUUCUUAAAACUUUCUGAAAAGUUUCUAAAAAACUUUCUGAAAAGUUUCUUAAAAAACUGCAUAUGGAGUGUAUAUUAUCAUUUAUUGUAUUGUUCAAUGUGUUUUGAUUUGUUGUUGUAUUUAUAUUCUGUUAUAUUGUAUUGUUCUGGGCAUGGCCCCAUGUAAGCCGCCCUGAGUCCCCGUUGGGGAGAUGGUGGCGGGGUAUAAAUAAAGUUUAUUAUUAUUAUUA